AUGGAUAAACUUUUCCAGUCAGCUGAUUUCUUGUAUGCUAAGGAAAAUUCUGAUAUGCAGUUCCAAAAAGCUUACUGGACCAUAGAACUCGCUCUGCAUAUUUCAAAAAAACAGAGCGUACACGGAGAUUAUGGAAUGGUUAUAGGUGAGCUUGUUCAACGGCGUAUUCAGAACACCCGUUGGGACUCUUUCGACGACUGUUCGAUCUUGGAGAGUUUGAAGCGAUCGUCUAUAGCCGCAACAUUAAUUGAUCACUCUGGGAGCUUUGAAGGCAUCGAAGCUCUGGACGUGUUCCGGGUUGCUCUUCACACUAAUGCUAGCAGCUCUACCCCAAAGCUUCUCUCCACCACUGGAGCAAUCCUGACAUCGAACACAUUCCUGUUGCCGUUGAUCGUUAGAGAACACUAUCGCAGAACAAAAUUUUUGAAGCGUCACGAGAUUCUCUUCCCAAGAAAGAAAAUGAACUAUUCACUUCUAUUCGUUACCGUUCUCGCACUGUUCUGCUCACCAGGCAUUGCUCAGUAUUCCUAUUACUACGGUUACUCACCAUACUAUUGGUACCCCGGAUACGGCUAUGGAUACGGAUACGGUUAUCGAAGAGGACAAGUUGCCAGAGGUGCCCUUGCUGGCGCAGCGAUUGGUGGACUUGUCGGCGCAUUGGCUGGGAAAUGA